GGUUUGGACUCUGGCUAAGUUGAUGAGCAUCAAGAAUCUCAUAUGCGUCCUGUAGAUAAAUAACAUUCAACAUGGCAGGGGCUAUGCCCCAGUUGGCAUCAACAAAAAUAGGUCAGGCCAUUAAAGAUGGAGACUUCAGAGAACUAAAACGUCUCAUUGAGGCAGGGGAAAAUGUUCAUCUCAAGGACAGGAAAGGUAACACAUACUUGCAUUAUGUAUGCACCAUGUAUAGACCAGUUGUGUUUCACAUAAUGGCUGCCCAAGGAAUUGAUAUCAACAGCCAAAAUAAGUUUGGCUAUACACCUCUCCAUGUAACGGCCCUAGAGAUGGAUGGCCUACAUGUUGCUGAUGUCAUGUGUUGUGGGGCAGACCCUCAAAUCAAAUGUUAUCUUGGAAAGACAGCUGCAGAGCUUGACCCCCACAACAAAUACUGGCAAAUGGUGUAUGAAAAAUAUAAGCCAGGAAUAUUCCAUGCUGUUAAAGCACAUGAUGUGGAGAAAGUCAAAGAACUCUUACAUUGCUGGUGUAAAAUGGAUUCUAAAUAUAAUGGACUGACCCUGAGACAGUACUCUGCAGCUCACAAACAUCAUGACAUUGUUAGGAUUCUGGAUCAACACAAGGCUACUCUGGAUGUGAUAUAUGGGUGUUUGGAAUUGAACUAUGACAGGGUCAGAGCAGCUUUGAAGAAGUCAUGGUGCAGAAUUAACUUCCUUAAUAAGGCCUCCAGAAAGCAGCACAUUCUACAGUUUGCUAUAGAAAUGAGAGACAACACCUUGGUCAAAAUGCUCUGUGAUGCCGGGGCAGAUGUUAAUAUGCUGGUGCUCGUUCAUGAUUAUUUUGUGGGCUUUCAUGAGUUAAAGGGUCCCUUGUACUUUGAGGUGAUCAACACCACGACACCACCGGACAUUAUGUGGACCGUACUGAAAGCUAAUGUUAACUUCAAUGUUAAAGAUGAGAGAGGACGAAAUGCUAUGGCCUAUGCCUUAGACAAGGGGAAUGGUUUCUUGCCAACAGAAGUGUUCAAGUUUAUGUUGAGGAAUGGAGCCUAUGUGGGAGACAGAGAUGAUACAGGUGUAGGGGUGCGGGAGAUUGCCAAAUUUGCCAGGAGAAUAGAUGUAGGCACCUUGAUAGACAAGUACUACAUCCAAGUGAUAAGAAACUCUGACCUUCAUAUGCUGAAGAGGUUAGCAGUGGAUGGCUAUGGGGGACUUCUCAUAAACUUCAAUUAUAGAGACUCUUACAUCUAUGCUGCAGGGAAUGAUACUGAUGAUGUUUUAAAAUUCAUAGAAUGGCUGCCAACAUUUCAGGAACAAGUGAGAUUGCUCCACCUGGCCAUUAGAGAGGAGCCACUCAGUGAAUUCUCGUCUAUUCUCCAGAGCUGUAGAGAACCAGAAAUGUUAAUCAACUCCAAAGACAAGGGAUUGAGGAGUCCCCUGAUUCUUGCUACAUUAUUCGCUCGAGAUGAUGUGGUGAAUUUUAUACUUAACCAGCCUUACAAGAUUGAUAUCAAUGCCCAGGACUGUUGCAAGAGAACAGCCUACCAUUAUACAUAUUUCCUGGAUCUGGAUGGAGAGAGCAUUCGUAAAUCUCUGAUCAAGGCUGGGAUAGACCAGACUAUUGUGGAUGUGAAAGGCAAAAGAGGAGAAGAUUAUACAGACUUUGUUGAUAAAGAGGAAUGGAUUGAUCAAGAAAUCACUGCUAAAUAUGGAAUGGAGUUAGAACUUAUGUGUAUUGAAAAGUAUGAAGAACUGAGGCGAGUAAUUCGGUCCAAAAGACAGGGAUUGAAGGAAUUUCUAGAACUUCUUCGAGAUUUCCCUGUCCCUGUGGCUACCUUCCCAAAAAUAUUGGGCCCCCUGAUGUCAAAUUACAGAGACAUCAUAUUUUUAGCAGUGGAUUAUGGGAAGGAAGAUAUUGCAGUUCGAUUGGCUCAUCUCGGGGCUGACUUGUUUAGGAAAGAAAUGUACAUAAGGAAGAGUCGGGAUGGAGAAGAAGUGAUGGUAGCCAUGAAUGUUGUGGAAAGGGCCGCAACUCUCAAAAAGGUAGAUCUGGUCAACAUUCUCGCCAAGAAGCAGGUACGCCAGAGGGAAAUCUACACGCCGUUAGUUCCAAGACGUGCGCAAGUCAAAUUACAGCUGGAACUGUCCAUGAAGUCUGUGGACUUUGAAAAGAUAUUUGUGUCUCAAACCCCACUGUGUUUUUAACGGAGUUCAUCAUGAUAUCAAUGCCUUAUUUAUUUUAUCAUCUCUGUAUUGCAUUCUAAGGUAGGAGUAAGAGUUGUAAGUCUAAUGUUAGUAUUUCAGAGGUGUGAGCUUUUUAUUUGGGUUCAUGGGAAAUAUAUGCAUGUUUAAUAAUUUGAUGUUUUUAUAAGCUGCUUAUCUGUGAUAUUUUUGACACUGGUUUUAGGUAUUGUUGAUGGUUGUUGAUGAUUUAUUUUAGUUAAUCAUGUUAUAAUUAUUGCAAGCAAAUGUUGAGAAAAUCAAAUUUUACACAUUGUAUGAAAGAAU